AUGCGCUUCACCACAGCCCUCACGCUAUCCCUCGGCCUCGGCGCCGCAGCGGAAUCGCUCCCCGGCCUCUCGACCGUGCCGUACACCGCGACCGGCGGUACCAUCCCCUCUAGCUUCCUGAAGAAGAUCAUAGUGCACGAUGAGUACGCCGAGUCGCGCGACGAGGCGGGCGAGACGCUGAUCCCGCCUACGCUGCGAUCCUUCGCGGAGACCUUUGCGGAGGACCUCGUCUCGGUGUUGGACCUCUCCAUUCCCGUCUCAACCGGCGCCGAGGCGGAGGAAGGAUCCAUUUUCCUCACGCUCGACGAUGCGACCGCGUUCAAGGACGCGGCGGGCAGGGAUACCUCGGAGGGGUACGCGCUGAACGUGACGGUCGACGGGAUCCGCAUCGCCGGCGCGAGCCCGCUCGGCGCGUGGUGGGGCACGAGGACGGUGCUGCAGCAGAUGGUCCUCCGGGGCGGCGAGGUGGAGUUGGGGUACGGCGUGGACAGUCCCGGAUGGGGGACGCGUGGGAUGAUGCUCGAUAUCGCGCUUCACUACUAUCCUGCUUCCUUCCUGAUCGAGAUGUGCGCAUACAUGUCCUUCUUCAAGCAGAACACCUUCCAGCUGCAUCUUAGUGACAACCUCUACAACAACGUGGGGAUAUACUCGCGCGAGAGGCAGCUCGAGCUCUACGCUGCCUUCCGGCUGUGGUCUGACGAUCCGGCGGUCGAGGGGCUGAACAAGCGCGCUAACGAGUCGUACACGCGGGAGGUUUUUGACGAGAUCCAGGAGAAGUGUGCCGCGAGAGGUGUCACGGUGUUGCCGGAGAUCGAGGCGCCGGGGCAUGCGUUGGUGAUUUCGCAGUGGAGGCCCGAGUUGGGGCUGAGUUCGGACCUGAGCUUGUUGAAUAUCUCGAACCCGGACACGAUUCCGGCGAUGAAGGAUAUUUGGGGGGUGUUCUUGCCUUGGUUCCAUACCAAGACUGUGAGCAUCGGGGCGGAUGAGUAUGUCGAUCCGACUCUGAGCGAAGAGGCCUUGGUUGGAGAGUACACGCGUUUCGUGGACGAGAUGAACGACUAUAUCACUAGCACGUCGGGGAAGAACGUGAGAAUUUGGGGCACGUUCCCGCCGUCUUCCGGAGGCGACGUGAACAAGUCCGUAUCUAUCCAGCACUGGGCCAACUUUGAGGCGAACCCGUUAUGGGACUUUGUUAACAACGGCUACGAGGUGCUCAACUCCGGAGACUAUAUCUACACCGUUGGCAAGUGGUCGGAGUGGUACGGCCACGAGUUGAGCCUGGAAUUCAUCUUUCACGGAUCACCCGACGGAACGCCCUUCGCACCCAACGUCUUCGACCGCGAGAACGCCACCAACAACGCGGCUCGUGACAGCAAGGCGCUGCUGGGCCACAUCGCGCCGCAGUGGAACGACUUCGGCCCCAACGCGACGACGGUCACAGAGGCGUAUUACCAGUGGAGGGACGGGCUGCCCGCGCUCGCGGACAAGCAGUGGGGCGGCGACGUCAGUGAGUCUGGGUACGCGGAGCUCUUCGCCAAGUUGCAGCCCUCGGCGCCGGGCCAGAACCUCGACCGCAGAAUCGCGUCCGUCGGGUCGACGAUUGUGGAAUACGACUUCAGGGGUGGUGGCAACGGCAGCACGGUGAGGGAUUUGUCGGGUAAUGAGUACCACGCAAGCUCGACGUGCGAGACGGGGACCGAGGGUGCCGUGCUCACGCCUUCGUGCAGCAUCACGACGCCGCUCACGCAAAAGGGGCGCAAUUACACGCUCUCGUUCUCGAUCAAGCCCACGUCGGCGUCGAAGGGGGCCGUCUUCAGCGGCGGGGACAGCGGGCUGUGGUUUGGCAACGGGACUGUGGAUGCGGUCAUGCUGUUCUCGGGGGAGAGCGUGUACGCGCUCAACUACACGUUCCCCGUGGGGGAGUGGACGGAGGCGAGCCUCAUCGGACGGGACCGGCAGACGUUCCUGGACGUCGGGGACGGGGCCAUGGAGUUUUUGACGGUGAUGGGAUGGCAGGGCAACCGGUACGUGUGGCAGCCGAUUGCGGUGGAGGCUCCGUUGGGGAUUAUUGGGGGCGGCGGGUUUGAGGGCGUCAUCGGGGGGAUGAAGCUGGUUGACCAUGCCUAG